GUGAAACACAAAUUUUCGAAUUGUUGCACAGAUUUCUAUGAGACUCACAGAUUUGCUCAGAGAUCUCAAUUGUUAAACACAGAUUUUGGUUAUUUAACACCAAGUUGAACAGAUCAUAUGAUGGUGCAUAUUCGUGAAACCUUUAGCUCGGCAAAAUCGAUUUAGCAAGCAAAGCCUUCUUUACCUUCACAGAUAUUGGUAAAACAUGACAUGGCAUCCCUGGCUCACACUAUUUAUUAUCAGCCAGCGAUGUCAGAUCUACGGAAAUCUCCGUAGAUCUACGGAUUCGAACAUUUUCUACGGAUCUACGAAUCUGUAGACAAAAUCUACGGGAAUUGGGUUUUUUCUACGGAAAUUUAAAUUUAUUAACGGAGAACUACGGGAACAAGUUUUGUCUGGCGAGCAAAAAAAAAAGCUUUUCACCGUGAGCGUUUCCGAGAAAAAUUCCAAUCUACGGAAAUGACACUACUACUAUCUGGCAUCGCUGUUAUCAGCUCGUUGACAAGAAUAUGCCGCUGCAGCUAAUUUGAACGUAGUGAACAUCUAUAGUAAACAAAUCGGUUACAACCCCAAUUUCUUAACUGUUAUGAUUCUUGAUCACCCGUCAGAGGACUGAUUCAUAUUCGUUUUCUACCAUUUGUGGAACACCUAUGUAAUAAUAAGUUCUAAUAAAGACAUUCAAUUACUCGUAGGCAUGAGCAAUCGUCGUCCUAAACAUUAUUUUCUCAGUUCUCCGUGGUACGGCAAGAAAUAUGUAAAAAAGGUGUGUAAGUUACAAUGUACAAUGCACUUUGAUUGUGUGAUUUGCCUGAAAAUAAAAACCUUAGUGUACGUGCGUAUACAAUUUAUAAAUUCAUUGAUAUGUAAACAAAAUCGUCAAACAUAUCUAUCCGGAAAAUAUUUUCAAAUGUUGCUUUCUUUACAUAGCAGGCUUCUGGUCAAUCAGUUAUUUUUUCUCAUAAAAUCUAGCAGUGACUUAAGGCUGAACUGAAAACUCAAUCAAUUUAUGAUUAUCUUGAUCUUCCACAGAGGCGCACACGAAACAUGUGUGUUAUCAAUGACGUAGAAAGUCAUCCAUACACAUCGAGGAUUCCAAAUUUGUCAUUGAGUGACAUUGCUUCGGAUGAACUUAGUUGGGAACAGAAUGCGACAUCUCAAGUUAUAUGCAUCGAUACACCUAGUAGCAAAAUCAAGAUUCAAAAUCAAAGAGACGGAGUGAUUUUACCACAACACACAUCGUUUGGGGAAUCAGAGGUGUUCGAAGAACUUAGCUCAACCGGUGAAACUUCACACUUGAAUUAUUUCUUUGGAGAGGAAGUGUCUGGAAAAUUUAAUGAGGUUUUGAAACUGACGAAUAGCUUGCAAACUUUCGAUGUUAUGUUUAUGUUGCUGAACUUCUAUAUAAGACAUCAAUUGACCCAACAAGCAUUGGAAGAUCUACUGUCAAUGAUGAACAUCAUCGUCGGCAAGAAAAUUUUUCCAGAAACCUUUUCAAGUUUUACAUCUGCAUUUCCCGAUAAAUAUGACGCAACAAGGCUUUAUUUUUGUAAGAAUUGUCAAUCCAAUCUUGGAAUUAAAAAACCUGUUAAAAAUUUCCGUUGCUUUAUGAAUCAAUGUUAUAGUCAAGAAUUUGACUACUUCAUAACAUUCCCGAUCGAAUGUCAAAUCCGUGAAACAGUCCAACGGUAUGAGAAAGAAAUACAACAAUAUUCCAAAGAAAUAUUAAAAUAUAACCUCAGUGAUAUAAGAAACGGAUAUGUUGCAAAAGAGAUUAUCGAUAAUGAAGACGGAAGAUUUAUAACUCUAUCAGUGAAUACGGAUGGUGUAGAAGUGUUUGAGUGUUCAAUGAAAACACCUAUGUAUCCUUUAUUUGUGGUAAUCAAUGAAUUGCCUCCAAAGGAACGAUUCAAAAAGCAAAAUUUAAUUCUGGCUGCAUUAUGGAUUUCUAAUGGUGAACCGAACAUGCCACUUUUCUUUCAAAAUUUUUGUUUAGAAAUGAGGAAACUUCGUGAAGGAAUGUUCAUAGACAAUAUUUUAUACAAGAUUGUAGUUCUCCAGUGUUGUGUCGAUUCAGUUUGUCGAUGUAAAAUCCAAAACAUGAAACAAUUCAACGGCUAUUUCGGAUGUAGUUUAUGUCUUCAUCCAGGAGUAGCAAUCGGUAAACAAGUUCGCUAUCCAUACCGAAAAUGCCAAAAAAGGGAUCACAGUAGUACUAAACAACAUAUGAUGAUUGCACAGGAUACCGCCAAAGAACUGUUUGGUAUGCAGAGAUGGUAAUAUUUUAGUCGUAUGUACAGAAACUUUAUUUUUCAGGUAUAAAGGGUUUAUCUGUCUUGUUAAGUCUACCGAACUUUGACAUUGUUCGCGGAUUUGGUGUUGAUUAUAUGCAUGCUUCGCUCCUAGGAGUGACCAAACAAAUGUGGAAUCAGAUUGUGACAUGUGACCUAGGAAUCAAUCGAAACGUAGUUGAGGAAAGACUAAUCAGCAUAAGAUUUCCUAGCGUUUUCCCACGACAUCCGCGAAAACUUAACGAGGUAGCAAAAUUUAAAGCUAGUGAAUGGGAGUGCAUCGCAUUAUACUGUUUUUACCCUUGUUUUUAUGGUUUAAUACCAAAAAUCAACAUGGAACAUUUCAUGAAGUUUUCAUCGAGUUUAUUUCAAUUGCUUGAAACAAACAUUUCAGUUGAAACUCUAAAAACAUGUGAAACAACGUUAGUGGAAUUUGCUCAAGAAUUUG